AUGUCUGAUAGCACGCCGUUAGCAAUUAUCGGGGUAGCCAACCGCUUUCCCCAAGAAGCUUCUGAUACGGAAGGUUUCUGGAAACUCUUACUGAGAGGUCGUCAAUCUGCUACUCCUUUCCCUAAAGAUCGCAUCAAUGCUGAUGGAUAUUACCAUCCUGAUGUGAACCAUCCUGGCACUUUUCACACGAAGGAAGCUCAUUUUUUGUCCGAAGAUCCCGCUUACUUUGAUGCCCCAUUUUUCAAUAUCACCAGGGCUGAGCUACUGAGCAUGGAUCCUCGGCAGCGACUGUUGCUAGAGAAUGUUUACCAUGCACUUGAGAACGCUGGAAUCCGCCUCAACCAAGCAGCUUCUUCAAAGACAGCAGUGUUCGUGGCAGGGUCAUCGCACGACCAUCUGAUCUCUUCCAACAUUGAUCCUGGAACCACUAGUAUUAGUCAGGCGACUGGCACCGGUGACAGCUGUGUUGCCAAUCGAGUGAGCUGGUCUUUCAAUCUCAAAGGACCUAGCGUAUAUGUCGAUAUUGCUUGCUCUGGAGGUCUCGUGGCUGUUCAUCUGGCGGCUCAAAGUUUGAAGCUAGGCGAGUGUGAAAUGGCAAUAGCUAGUGGUGUCACUUAUCUCGGCGGCCCUCAAGAGUUUACCACUCUAAAUCGCGAUGGCUUCCUGGGUUCGAAAGGAAGGUGUUUUUCAUUCGAUCAUAGAGCCGAAGGAUAUGCUAGAGCCGAAGGUGUUGGCACUAUCAUCAUAAAGACCUUAUCAGCUGCCAUUAGAGACUGUGACUCCAUACGUGCUAUUAUACGUGGAACAGCAACUAAUCAAGACGGACACACUCCUGGAAUUUCUCUUCCUAGUGAAGUAGCCCAAGAAAUGUUAAUCCGGGAGGCAUACCAUAUAGCAGGACUGGACCCAAAUGAUACGAGGUUCGUCGAGGCUCAUGGUACAGGGACAGUCGUCGGGGAUGUAACGGAAUCGAGCGCAAUUGCAGGAGCUUUCAAUUCAGUCAAAAGGAGUCUACCUCUGUAUAUUGGUUCUCUCAAAUCGGGAAUUGGCCAUCUUGAGUCGGUUGCUGGCAUCGCAGGAAUAAUUAAGUCUAUUCUAGUCCUUGAAUCGGGAGUUAUUCCACCGAAUGUCAAUUUUGAGAAGAUCAACCCUAAGAUCCAGGAAAACGGACUGAACCUGGCAUUCCCAGCAAAGUGCGUGCCUUGGCCUACAGCAGGUGCCCGUCAGAUAUCGGUGAACUCCUUCGGUUUUGGAGGCACAAAUGCUCACUGCAUUCUGAGUGAUGCACACCAUUUCCUGAAGGCCAAAGGAGUUUAUGCCGCCCAUAACACCCGCACGAGUAUACCCACGGAAAAUGAAAUCGAUCAUUUGGUUGCUAAAUUAGAGCAAUGUUCUCAAACUCAGUUUAGUAAAGCCUCAGCUAGUCAUAAAGUGAGCCACAAUGGGGUCACCAAGGAAAGUCGUCCCGGGUUACAUCGAGAUUGCCCAGAUCGAGAUAAUUGCCUUUCUUUAGGGAAGAAUUUGUUUAUCUUCUCCGCAUUCGAUCGGGAUGCCUUGAAACGACUCAUGUCAGAAUAUCUAUCUCAUUUGAAGUCACGUUCCCAAUCUACCACCAUGGAAAUUGCUACAUUUCUGCGAGACCUUGCAUAUACAUUGUCCGAAAGACGCUCAAAAUUUCGUUGGAAUAAUUUCAUCGUCGCUGGUUCCUUAUCCGAACUGAUUUAUAGGCUUUCAGAUGUCACACGUCCACCAGAUAGCCCUUCUCCUUUGAAGGCCCCUAAGAUUGUGUUCGCUUUCAACGGACAAGGGGUACAGUAUGCAAGAAUGGGAGUGCAGCUUCUUGUAUACCCUGUCUUUAAAGAAUCACUCAGUGACGCUACAAACUACAUGAAGAAGCUAGGAAGCCCAUGGAUUCUGUUAGAGGAACUUGUGCACGGGGACAAUACAUUGAUUGACAACUCCGCUAUAUCACAGCCCGCUUGUGUUGCUAUACAGAUCGCGCUUGUCGACCUCCUUGCUAGCUGGAAUAUCUUUCCGAGGAUUGUAGUUGGGCACAGCUCUGGAGAAAUAUCGGCAGCUUACUGCGCUGGAUAUAUCACCCGCGAAGCAGCAUGGCAGAUAGCAUACUAUCGCGGCUAUGUUUCUUCCAGAACCACACGCAGCGGCUCGAUGCUUGUUGCUGGCCUUGAAGAAGAGCACUUAACUCCCUAUAUUCGUCAAGUCCAGAAACAGUCUUCAGGUGAACUGGUCAUUUCUUGCUACAAUAGCCCGAAGAACAAUACGCUUUCCGGAGAUCAGAAGCUGAUUGAUGAGAUGAAGCAGCUCCUAGAUAGCGUAGGUGUUUUUGCUCGGAAGCUGCCUGUUAAGCACGCCUACCACUCUGGACUAAUGCAAGAAGUCGCCAACGAAUAUCUGCGUUUAGUUGGCAAUCCUCCAAUAAACACAAGCCGUGGAGUUUCCAGCGAUAUUCAGAUGUUCUCGUCAGUUACUGGUGCGAUCAUCAGUCCAGCACAUCUUGAUGAAUCUUACUGGGUCCGGAAUCUGAUAUCACCCGUCCGGUUUACGGAUGCCCUGAAUUCUGUGCGCCAUGAGAUGAUCGAUAAGGGAAAUUUCCUCAAUAAGAUAGUGAUAGAGGUCGGGCCUCAUCCAGCUUUAAAACAUGCGAUCCGAGAUAUACUGGGAGCUGAAGUCCGCCACAAGAGCCUCCUCAUGCGUCAUGGUAUUGAAACGGAAACCAUACUAACCACGAUUGGUGAGCUGAGCUGCGAAGGCGUUCCGGUGGAUAUCCUAAGAGCUAAUGAACCUGAUACGCCCACACUUCGUAAACGAGAAAUGAUUGUCAACACGCCUACAUACCCAUUCACUCAUCGCGAGCGAAUGGUUCAUGAAGACCGGCUGAGCCGAAACGUCCGACUUUCCAGGUUCUCAAGACAUAGUUUAUUGGGAGCACCAGUGAUAGAUUGGAAUCCUUACUGCCCUAGGUGGCGGCAUUUUAUCAGUAUAUACGAGAAUCCGUGGCUCAAGGAUCACAUGAUUGAAGCCCGGUAUGUAUUUCCCGGGUCAGCCUACGUUACAAUGGCCAUAGAAGCCUCAAAACAGAUCGCAUAUCCGGGCUCUAAGGUUUCUGGGUUUAGAUUAAGAGACGUAUCCUUCAAUUCCAUGCUGAUUAUCCCUGACACUAAAGAAGGUAUUGAGAUUAACCUAUGUCUCUCCCCGGGCCGUACAACCAACACGGGGGGCUUUGACGUAUGGCAACAGUUCCAAGUCACAUCGUAUGACUCAGAGCUUGAAACGUGGCGUGAGAAUUGCAUUGGUCAAAUAAUGGUUGAGUAUGAAGCACCAAACGAGCCAGUUGGCAAUGAACGAGAGGACCGUGAGGCAACUCAGACCUGGGAUCUGUUACUUGAGCAGGCUGCCAAGACAUGCCAAACGCCAAUGGACGUCCUGAGGAUGUAUGAAACUCUCAAAUCAGCGGGGUUAACUUUUGGACCCCAGUUCAGGCUACUUCAGGAUGUAACUGUUAGUGGCAACAACCUUGGAGAAGCUUUCGGCACGGUGCGGGUUCCGGAUUUUGCUGCUCUGAUGCCUCAAGGCUACAUGCAGCCAUAUACUAUUCCUGCUACAAUUGACCCGGGUAUAUGCUUGGGGUUUGCUGGUGCACUUGACCUUCGUGGCAAGUUAGCAUUGAAUAGUCUGAUGGUCGGAACAUCCCUCAAAGAGGCAUGGGUAUCUGCCAAGAACAAUUCUAACAACACACCUCCAUUGCGCUCCCAUGCGCGAGUAUAUCACAAGCAUAAUGGGAACUACAAGAUGAAUAUACAUAUUUGGGAUAAUGCUACUGAUAAAGGGCUAAUGUCAGUAACGGGUGCUGUAUCAGCGCUCAGGAGCUGGGAUUCAGCAGCAAACAAGAAUAGACAGAGCUCCUACACGCUUGAUUGGAAGCCUAACAUGGCUUUCUUGAAAAGCAAUCUGUCAAAUGGCAGUCCCAUCACCAACGAACUAAGUCCUGCUGACCGGCUAUCAAUGGUGGACUCGGCUUCUGCUACUAGCGGUUGUCCAACAAGUGCAGGUUGUUUAAAAAUGGCUCUGAUUUACGCUAAUGAAAAAGCGCAGCCAAUAUAUCUCGGAGUGGAAUUGAAACAAGCCCUGAUACAGGACACAGAGGCCAAUGAUAUCCUAGAGUGUGGACUUUAUGACCUGGACGAUAUUGAUUUGUCAGGGAGAUUAUGUAUCUUUCUACUCGAGGUGAAGCACCCUGUCCUGUGCCAUCUAUCGAAAAGCAACUUUCUCAAACUACGGAACGCUCUAAGCAGCUGUCAACGUUUGCUCUGGAUCACAGGCGACCCGAUUACAGAACCUCGAUUUAGCAUCAGCACGGGACUGAUCAGAACUAUUCGAUGGGAGAGAGAUAUGGACAAGAUAGACUUAGCGACCUUAGCCAUUAGGGACGAUGGUACAGCGGCAACUCGAAUUAUUCAGGCAAUUUCCUCUAUUGCAUCAAACCAACUUCUACAUUCUUUACACACACCCCAGAAUGAAGAGUACUGUUUCCAAGAUGGCAUUGUAUAUGUAUUACGCCUCGCGAAAUGCUUUGACGCCGAUAAAUUUCUUCACUCGAAAUUCACCAAAGCCGGCCCGGAGAUGGUGACUUGGAAAGACAUACGUCGUUCGGUCGUCCUGCAUAACCCGACACCAGGGCCACUGCAUAAAAUGCAUUGGGAAGCAGACAGAUCUCCACCUACCAUCGAGUUGUGUGAGGUUGAAAUACAAAUAGCAGCGGUAGGGCUGAGCUUCAGGGACGUCUAUACUGCGAUGGGGAUAAGCGACCACGGCUUUGGCCAAGAAGGAGCAGGAGUAGUGACCCGGGUUGGCGCAGAAGUGGAGGAUCUACAACCUGGUGAUCGUGUAUUAUUCAUGGCCGACCCAGGUAAGACUGCAUUCGGAAAUUACGUUCGAGUUGAUCGAAGGUUUAUUGCGGUGAUGCCAAGCGGGAUGUCGAUGGGUGUUGCAGCUGCGCUACCAACGGCUUUCAGUACUGUCAUCUACUCCUUAAAACAUGCAGGGGUAUUGAGGGCAGGUGAGAGGAUCCUCAUACAUGCAGCAGCAGGAGGUGUUGGCCAAGCUGCGAUCCAGUAUGCCAAGUUACUCGGGGCAGAGGUAUUCGCGACAGUCUCUAGCAAGGCCAAGAAGGAGCUUUUGAUGAAAGUAUACGGGAUUGCUGAAGAUCAUAUCUUCUCUAGCAGGGAUCUGAGCUUCGCCACAGGAGUCAUGAGGUUAACGAAGAAUCAAGGUGUUGAUAUGAUUUUGAAUUCCCGUCCUGGCGAACCUCUUCGGCGAUCUUGGGAGUGCAUUGCGCCGUUUGGCCGGUUUGUCGAGAUCGGUAACAUAGACCUAAUUGCAGACAAGUUGGACAUGUCGCCGCUUCUUCGAAGUGCUAGCAUAACUGGAGUCGAGUUGACUGUCAUUAUGGAGUACAAACCAGAUGUGAUAAAGAACAUUUUAGAAGAGGUCGUUUCAUCAUGGAACCAAGGAAAGAUACGUUCAGCUCAGCCACUGACCGUGCUAAGUUUUGCACAGCUUGAACACGGUUUCAAGCAAUUGCGAUCCGGACAGAACAUGGGCAAAAUCGUGUUUCAGCCCUGUGAUAGUGACAUCAUCCCGGUGGCUCCUAUUAUUGCACCUCCAUAUACUCUUGAUGCAAAUGCUACAUACGUCUUGGCUGGUGGGCUAGUGGUGUUGGCCGGAGCCUGGCUGAGUGGAUGGCUUUGCGAGGAGCAAAGCACAUUGUUUUCUUAUCCCGCUCAGGCAGAGUUAACAGGAAAGUCGAAGAGAUGA